AUGUCGUACAAGGAAAUUCGAACGGAGCAACGUUCCUCCACACCUCAGACCUCCCUGCUUCCCGACCGGGGGUGUGACUACAAAGACAAUAGGAUAAGGAAAGACAGCCUUUCCUCCCUGGGGAGCAGAGGCUGCCCGGCGGGCAGAGGGAACCUGCAGAGGGCGGCUUCUCUCCUCUUUUCCUGUCCCACCCAGUCUGCCAGCCCCCCACCCCCACUCCCGGGCGGCCUCGGCGGCCCAAUCUGCGCGUCUCUCCGCGCUGCUCCUGCUGGCUUCUCGGCGGUUCCCGGCGGAUCUCUGCGGUUCCCGCCCCCUCGAGUUCAAAAGGACGCGCGGAGUGGCGCCGGCCCUUUCCGGCAGCCCGUCCGACUGGUAAGAUCUGCGCCUCCCGCAAGGUACCGUCUGCUUGCUACCAUGGCUAGCCUCCCAGUCACGCCUUCCCCAGAAGAAGCAUUGAUGAUCACAAUUCUGCAGGUCACUGAGGCCCCGUCCCCAGAAGCCGAAGCCAGCACGGCCCUCAUUGCAGUUGUUAUCACCGUGGUCUUCCUCACCCUGCUGUCAGUCGUGAUCUUGAUCUUCUUUUACCUGUACAAGAACAAAGGCAGCUAUGUCACCUACGAACCUGCAGAAGGCGAGCCCGGUGCCAUCCUCCAGAUGGAGAGUGACUCAGCCAAGGGCAGGGAGAAGGAGGAAUAUUUCAUCUAAUGAUUCCCGGCCCCAAUGAGUAUCUCCAGGCUCCAGUGCUGACACCGUUUUAUUUAUUAGGUGAAAGUUUUAUUUGAAAGCAGUGAGCAGCUUUGAUUGACAUGGGAAAAUCUGGGCUUCUAGGACACAGGCCCAAAUGCCAAAAUUACUGAUGCCAGGGACCAGGAACAUGGAGAAAGCUGCUUAUGUCUUUAGCCAGACCUUUGUGACACAGCCACUGUUUGAGACUGGAUGACAAGUGGAGCUAUAUCAGGCAGUAUUUGAGUACAUGCCCAGUCAUCUUCACUUUUCUUCACAGGUCAAAGGGAAGGUUAGGGUCACCUAGUGGCAGCCUGAGUGGAAAGUGUCCACAGAUCUUCUCAGAUGCUGGAUACCACAGUAAAGAAACCAAGCAAGGGGGCAGGAGACUGUGGCGACCUCACCUCCUGAUCAAUGUGCUGCAACCCUUAUUAAUCUGAGCCCCUCAUACUCUCCAAUGACCUCAUACCUGUGCUGUUUUUAUCAUCAUUAAAAAUUGUUACUGAUAACUACA